UAUGGUUACAGUAUUCAUUGAACCUCAUUGAAAUUCCGCUCCGUCAUAAAUUCAUUACCGAUAAAACAAUUACAUUCAUCGGUUUCGGGCGUGUCGCAAUUUUUAGAAGUACACCCUAAAAUGUGCUGCAGUAAUGAUGAAUUUGAACAUGCAUAAGACAUGUUUGAAGCUGUCCUGCUGGGUUCGAUUGCGAGUUUUCAACACGUCACCUGUAGCCAAUUUCAGUCCAUAAAACUGCCUCUUUCGAUCAGUGGCCUCUAUACUGUUUAUUUACUAACCUACGCUCCUGCUUCACAGGUCUCUACAUUGGCUGAAGUUUUGACAAAGUAUAACUUUAUAGCUUGAUUGCUCUUAGCCUCAAUACUUUGGUGAAUCGUAAAUUAAUAAUCGCUUUACUAGUAACAAUCAUUGAAUUGAUUCAAGAUCAGAAAGCCGAAUUAAUUUGAAAAAAUGGCAGAGGGUUAUGGGAGAGAUACACCUCCAUUAUACUCUGGAGCAAAUGAAGAACCUCGAUCCGCUGGACUACCUCUGUCCGACUUCUUAUUACAGCUGGAGGAUUAUACCCCUACUGUACCUGAUGCAAUCAGCGCUCACUACCUUCACAUGGCUGGCUUUAAUACAACCGAUCCACGAAUAGUCAGACUGGUAUCUCUUGCUGCCCAGAAAUUCAUAUCAGAAAUUGCUAAUGACGCUCUACAACACUGCAAAACAAGAGGAGCAAAUCAGAAUACAAAAACAAAAGGAAAGGAUCGCCGCUACACAUUGACCAUGGAGGAUUUGACACCUGCGGUUGCUGAAUAUGGAAUAGUUGUGAAGAAACCUCAUUAUUUCGUUUAGUCUUAAUCAUUCGUUUCGUGUUUUCAAUGAAUCAGAGAAUUCAGAUGAAAAUUGGAAUGUUAUUAUUGAUUACCUUUACUCUCAGCAUUGACUGAAGAUUACAAAUCUUCAGUUAACGCCCUUAGACUAAUGAAAGGCCCCGACAAUUUGUUGUUUAUCUAACUCAAACCCUAGAUAAUUAUUCUUGAUGUGACAUCAAAUUACACUGAACGCAUAAAUACAGAAAAUACAUUUUGAA